AUGAGGAAAUACGCGACGCUGUUGGAGGCUGGACUGAGCGGGGCGAUCCGGGCGACGGCGCUCUACGCGUCGUGGCUCGUGAGCAUGAUCGUGUUCACGGCGGCCGUGCACCAGGGGAACGCGAUCGUCACUUGGAUCACCGGACUCCUCGGAACGUCCGAUUUCACUCUGGAGUACAUGUUAUCGUACUUGUUCAUGCCGGUGGCGCUGGCAAUGGGCGUGCCGUGGGAAGAGAGUCGGAUCGUGGGGGAAUUGGUCGCGGUGAAGACCGUCUACAUGUUAUCGUACUUGUUCAUGCCGGUGGCGCUGGCAAUGGGCGUGCCGUGGGAAGAGAGUCGGAUCGUGGGGGAAUUGGUCGCGGUGAAGACCGUCGUCAACGAAUUCAUCGCCUAUCAUCGACUGGGGCAACUCAAGAAAAACCGACUGCUCUCCGUGAGUCUUAAGCCGUGGCUCGCGGUCGGCUCCCUGCAUGCAAAGGGAAAGAAUCGCACCAGAUGGAGCGUGCCCCUUCUGGGGAGGAGCGCGACGAUCGCGACGUAUGCCCUGUGCGGGUUCUCGAACUUCGGCGCUCUGGGCACGGAACUGGCCACCAUCGCCACGCUGGUCCCCGAGAAACGGGAGGUCGUCGCCCGGAUGGCGUGGAGGUCUUUCGUGGCCGGGUCCAUGGCCUGCUUCCUCACCGCCUCCAUCGCAGGUCCGCAUUCCUUUCUUUAG